GGUGCUGCUGCAUCGGCUGCACGGUUAGCUUGGCUCCAGGCUCGCAGUACAAGCAGCAAAAGCAACGCAAGCAGCGCAAGCAACACAAGCAGCAUUAGGGGAGUGGAGGAGGAGAUGCUUCUGCAGCUGCAGCAGCAGCGACGUCCAACGCUAGAUGAAGUACUGAACGGCAUACAACGGCUACUGCAGCGGCAGCACACUUCUUUUGCACACCCUACAUGCGGCAGCAGCAGCAGCAACGCGAGCACUAGCAUUUUACCGGACGAGUUUGUGGCAUUCCUGUCGAGUGCCGCUGCUGCUGCAUCUGAGCAGCAGCAGCAACAGCGGUUGCUUGCAGACACCAUGUUUCAGCAGCUGCUGCAGCGGCUUCGGAGCAGACUUGUGGGAUUCUCCGUACCCCAGCUUUUCAGACUGCUAGUCGCCCUCGCCAGGCUACAGCAUUCCCCCCAGGAGAUACUAUCGCGCAUGCUACACCUUCUCGGCGGAGGUGCUGCCGCAAGUCAAGCCAUCGAAGCUCCUCCACUGCAGCAACUGACUCCACGGCAGUUGUCUCAGCUGCCUGUGCUCCUUGCAGCUGCAACGCGCAGCUGCUGCUGCCUUCUCUCCCAUCGCGGUGCCUGCAGUGGCGGGCAGCAGAUGCAGCAGCAGAUGCAGCAGCAGAUACAGCAGCAGCAUCUGGCGCAGUCUGGACUUCAGGAGUUCCUCAAGGUGUACGCACAGCACGUGCGCUCUUUGCUGCAGCAGCAGCAAUUGGCGCUGGGGGCAUCGGCUGCGAAUACAGCAGCAUCGGCUGCAGAUACAGCAGCAUCGGCUGCAGAUACAGCAGCAUCGGCUGCAAAUACAGCAGCAUCGGCUGCAGAUACAGCAGCUGCAGGGCAGUUUGCUGCAGAGGAUUUGUGCGUUCUUCUGAUUGGACUGUCGUCUCUUGGUCAGAGAAUACCGUCUUUCGCUGAUUUGGCAGCCGACGCGCUGCGGCUACAGCUGGCGUUGCACUUCGGAGGUCCCACUGCUCCCGACUUGCAGUUGCAGCAAGAACCGAGCGAGGCGACGCUGCAGCAGCAGCUCAUGCUCCUGCCGCUGUCUUCGGUGCUGCUGAGCAUGGCCACCCUCGGAGUUACCAACGGCUUGGCCAUCUUGGAGCUCUCCUAUCAGCUCACAAGAGUGUGCCGGCUGCUCUCUCCCUCGCAACUCGCGGACUGUCUGCUUGCCCUCGCAACGCUGCGCACGAAUCCCAGUGCUGCACCCUCUCUAGCGCUCCUGAGUGAACUAGAGAGAUGCUUGGCCAGCGAUGCCUCCAGCUGCUCCGCGUCUGAUGCCGUGACUGCAGCAUGGGCUGCUGUGGCGCUGCAGCUGCACAGAGGAGCUGCCGACUUGCUGCUUUUGUUGCUGCAGCAGGUUGACCUCUUGCGGCAGCAGCGUGCCUUCUCAACAGAGGAUGACUGGGAGGAACUGGAUUUGAGGCUCCAGCAAAUCCGGCUCGAAAUCUGCUUGGAUCCGCAGGCGAAGAGGCUUCGUGAGAUGCUUGAGCGGGAGGGGCUUUCAGACUUAGCUGCUGCGUAUCCCACUUCAUCCUGCGGCGAAGCCGUGGAAGCGCAAGCGCCGGAGGCACAGAAGCGGCUGGAGGAGGAGGUUGAAGAGCUGCUGCAGCACGAUGGCCUCCGGCACAGGCUACUGCUGACUGUGGAUGCCCACCUGCAGCAGCAGGAAAAACAGCAGCAGGAUCAGGAGAAAGCAGACACCAGUGAAUCAAGCUUAAGAAGAGUCGCAAUGUCUUUACAGUUUCGAGGGUUCCCCUGUCUGCACACGUAUCGAGCGGCGUCUCUUUUCCGCUGGCCGUCCACAGCAGCUGCAGCGGCUGCUGCUGAGGUGUCUGAGGCAACGGGGGGUACUGAACCCGCGGCAGCAGUGCUGAAGGCGGAGCAGCUAGGAGGGGAUUCUGCAAGCCGCACUUUGGUCAUCGUUGGAGACUUGACUUCGUUCGCAGACUUCGAGGGCCCCUCUGAGGUGUACGACCAGCUCAAAUACAGGCACCUUCUGCGCGCAGGGCAUGCACUGAUAGCAGUCCGCGCAGAGGAAUGGCGGGCUGCCUCUGGAGCCGAGGAGCGUCUGAAACUGCUCGUAGAGUCGCUGCAGCUUCCUGUUCGCUCUUAA